UUUUCUUUUGUAAGACAUCUAGCACAGGCUGAUACAGCUAUUCAUGCAGGCUGCCGUGGCUACUGAAGAUGACAAAGUAUUCAUGAAGUUCUCCCAGGCUGAAAUAGAAGAAAUGAAAGCUAUCUUUGAAGGAGGAAACCUCAAAGCUGUAGCAAAGAAAUUGCAAGAGCUGGAGACAGAGAAGAUCCCACUUCACAUCACCAGCACUGGGGAAGCAGGGUCUAGAAAAUCAACCUCUGUCAAUGCCAUCCGGGGACUGGGGGAUGAAGAUGCAGGUGCUACUGAGACCUGGGUAGUGGAAACAACAAUGGACCUAGAGCCUUAUUCACACCCCACCCUCCCAAAUGUAACCAUAUGGGACCUUCCAGGUAUUGGAACUCCCAGGUUCAAACCAGACCAAUACCUAAAGCAGAUGAGUUUCAAAAAAUACGACAUCAUCAUCACUGCCAGCCGGUUCGGUGCCCACCACACCCAACUCACCAAGGAAAUUCAGAAGCUGGGGAAGAAGUUUUAUUAUGUGCGCUCCAAAGUGGAUGCUGACUUGGAUGCAGCUGAGAAGUGCAGACCCAGAACCUACAACGAAGAGGGGAUCCUGGAGGAGAUCCGCAACAACUGUAACAAGAACCUGAAAAAGGCCGGUGGGCCUUCUCCAUGGGUUUUCCUGAUCUCCAGCUGGAAACCAGCCAAGUAUGAUUUCCAGCUGCUUCUGAAGAUACUCGAAAAAGAGAUGGAUGAACACAAGAGACAAAUCUUCAUUCUUGCCCUGCCUAACAUUUCAGCACAGAUCCUGGAAAAGAAGAGGGCUGAACUGGAGAGGCAAAUAUGGAAAGAGGCUCUGGUGUUACGGGCCAUUUCAGCUGUUCCUCUCCCAGGUCUCUCUUUUGCUGUUGAUAUAACCAGACUGAUGGUAAACAUGAAACAUUACUGCCAGGCUUUUGGCUUGGAUGAGGAUGCCCUCUGCAGUCUCACUCAGCAGGUUGGCAAGCCUGUUGAAGAGCUGAAGUCAGAGAUAAAAAUGGUUCCAACAGCCAGCUCCAUAAACAAAGAAUAUGUAACGAGUCUGCUGAAAAGUUAUGCAUAUCUUUCAGUCAUGGUAGUUGUAGAGGUUUUGCAUUUCAUCCCAGGUGCUGGUUCUCUGGUAUCUGGAGGGAUUUUAUUUGGAACCACAUACUACAUGCUGAACAAGUUUCUCAGCGGGGCUGCAAAGGACGCCCACAGAGUUCUCACAAAAGCUCUUUCCUGAACCACAAGUCCAGAGAACAAAAGCAGUGGGCCGAGAAAAAUCACAAAAAAACCCCAAAACAAUGGCUGAACCCAGCUCAGCUUGACCAGAACCUUUCAAAGUGACCGAGCAAAAUGAAAACCAGGAAAAAAAAAGUCAUUAAAAAGCAAAAAUCAGAAUGAAGAGGAGGAGAGAUCCAAUAAUGUUGCUUUUUCAUUUGAUCAAGAACAUCUCCCUAAAGUUAAAAAAGAAAAGAGGACCAGGUCUGAGGCCCCAUAAGAAAUGUCCAGUGCUGUGCAGGGAGACAGGGAAAUGCUGAUCCUUUUUGAGUCCAGCAUGUUGAGUGCAGUAGCCUGAACGCAGCCAAUCUGCUCCCAUCAACCAGCUACGGCCACAAGAGCUGUCAUCUGCUUCUGUUGCUCUUCUUUCUCUCCUUGCCUUUACCUACUUCCUUGUGGCAUUUACAAAUGUGAAAAAAAGAAUAAGUUGAAUAAGGGACCACCCCAUUUUGCGGGGGGCAAACAAUUUUGGGAAACACAGAACCACGCUGAGGCCUCCAGAGCGAGCUCAAUCAGGCUCUGGAUGUAUAAGUGAAUAACUUACCUGAAAGUUAGCUAGCAUAUUAGGGAUAUGUAUUUUAGUUCUGUAUUCAAAGUGUCUUUAAACCCCUUCUAUUUUGCUCAAGGCAUUUUUCUCUAAAAUCUCU